AUGCAAUAUGUUAGUUCUUCAUUGGAAACUUUGAAUUUGAGCCCUAAUUUACAUUUGUCGAUAAUCGAGAUAGGAUUUACAGUAAAACUACUACAAAUGGAAUUGGCAGACAGGGCGGUUGGGUUCAUUUUAGCAAGCAUCAGUGUGACUGUUUUCACGUAUUACUCCUUUUGGGUGAUUGUAUUGCCUUUUGUAGACUCGGACCACUUUGUACACAGUUACUUCUUACCCCAAGAAUAUGCAAUCCUGCUACCUGUGUAUGCUGGUGUCUCUCUCAUUUGCUUCUUAUCUGUCUUUAUUGGAUAUGUCAUGCUUAAAUCCAACUCCAAGAAGAAGAAAGCCUAGGUUAAGUUUUGCUCUCUCCAGGUGUUUUAUGGAUCUAGUCUUAUUGUUCUAGUUUUUAUCAUCUUUUAUAUUUGCAGAGGAAAUAUGACAUGUUUAGAAAAAAUAUAAAUAUAUGUGUGAUCUCUCUAAAUACUAAAUGUAAUUUCUAUCCAUUUUUUUAGACGGGGUAUUCACUUGCC